AAACCCCAGCACCGAAUUACUACACACGCCUUAAUUACCUAUUCCCUUGCGUCCUCAACAGCAGCGACGGUACUGCAGGUGCGCUUAGCAAUCCGACUGUACCCUGCCGCGUUGAUCAGAUAAAUCCACCAGAGCAAGAGGAGAUUAUCUUGCGAUUUUUCUCUCUGUCUCGGUUCGCCCAAGAAAUUUUGUUGUUUCUCGCAUCGCUCUCCACGAAGCCGCCUCCCCCCGCUGGUGCUCGUCGCUGCCUGCCCAAUUCGCCGCCAUUCGCCCGUAUUAAUUUCCUGCCUCGAUAGUCGAUGGCCGAUUGCCUCGUGAAAUUUCCAAUUUUGUUGCCUCACGGGUGUUAAAUACCCACGCUGCUAGGGUUGAAUCGUUCGGAGGCGUCCCGGCAAUCCCUGCGGGUGGCGGCUUAAGAUAGUUUGUGAAUAGGGAGGUAGAUAGAUAGUUAGGGUUCUGGGAGUAGUUUUUGGUUCCCGUAUUAGAUGGGGGAAUCGGAGGUAGGGGUUAACCUUGGGAAGCAAAUGGUGGGUUCUCUGUGGGAGGAGGAGGCUGCGGGAGAAUCGGGGGAUGAGGGGAAGAUGGGGAGGAGCCAUUCUAUCAAUCUGAAUACGGUGCCAGCAGUUGCUGUGGAGGUGAUUAGCACUCAGGAAAAUGGUGAGACGCACGGUGCAGUGGUGUCAGGAACCAGGGAUUUAAGCACCGGGAAGGCAGAGGAGUCCAGUGGCGCUCAUCAGAAGAAGUUGCCGAAGCGUGAGCAAGUCGACUACGAAGGUGAAGUUGAAAGCCGUGCAGAUGCUGAGAACCCUGUCGGGAGGGCUGCUUUGGUUACUCUGGUGGGAAAUGAAGGGCGUGCUGAUUGUGGUGAUGAGGACGAGAGAGUUCAAGUCCUCAGCAUUGUUAAGAAGGAUGAACCUGCAGAUGAAGUUGGUGACUCUAUUAAUCCUGUGACAGUUGCAGGGUAUAGAGAAGAGAAGGGUGCCGUUGGUGCUUCUGCUGGAAUGACUGCGGUGCGAUCUGCUGGCUCCCGAUCAUCGAGUUUCCAUGGUGUGACCAGGCAUAGAUGGAGUGGGAAGUAUGAAGCUCAUUUGUGGGACAGUUCUUGCAGAGUAGAAGGACGGAGAAGAAAAGGGAAACAAGUUUAUCUAGGAAGUUAUGAUACAGAGGAAAAAGCUGCCAGGGCUUAUGAUGUUGCAGCUCUAAAAUACUGGGGUCAAAACACUAAAUUGAACUUUCCGGUUUCAGUAUAUGAAAAGGAACUGGAGGACAUAAGGGACUUGUCUCGAGAGGAAUGUGUGACAUAUUUGAGAAGGAGAAGUAGUUGUUUUUCAAGAGGGGCUUCUAUUUAUAGAGGAGUGACAAGAAGGCAGAAAGAUGGGAGAUGGCAAGCGCGCAUAGGACUGGUUGCUGGAACUAGAGACAUUUACCUUGGAACAUUCAAAACUGAGGAAGAAGCUGCAGAAGCUUAUGAUAUUGCUGCCAUUGAGAUACGUGGCAAAAAUGCUGUGACCAACUUUGACCGAAGCAACUAUAUGGACAAGGGUAUGCAUUGUAUAGAAGGGGAAGGCUUGAGGCUGCUCGCAUCGAAGCCAGAAUAAUAACUUGGACUUUGAUGAAGUGGCGGUGUCUAUUGAGCAGAUUUGGCCAGGCAUAUUUGGAGCUUAGUGGUACAUACAGACAGAAGAACUGGAUGCAGUUUGUCAAUAGUUCCUGCUUUGUAAGUGUUAAGAUGACAGUGAUUCGACAGAGAGGACUAAAACCAACUAGCAAAAAAUCGCAUCAACAAGAUUUUGAGCAUGUAUCAUAGGGUUUGUAGGAUAGAUUUUACUGGAAACGUUACCAAGUCAAUGUUCAUUUAUAUUCUGUUUAAUACCUUCAUUUUGUCAGAUUGAACGUUCCCAGGUCUCAUCGUUGAGUUGGCUCGAAGUAUGAUUUGAGGGAAUGCAUUUUACCUUUGGUAUC